UCUACCUCUUUCUGUCUUGUUCUCUUUAUCUUUCUGUUCCGCUGCCUCCCUUUUUGUUGUUCUUUUCUUCUGUCUUUCCUUCUUUAAUUCUUUUUUCUCCUCUGUUUCACCAGCAGCCGGUUUCUUCUCUUCUGUCUCUGAUUAUUUCUCCUUUAUUUCUCUUUCGUCGCUUCCUUUCUUCGGUUUUGUCGUUAUACAGGUGUGAAGGUUGCAGUGAGACAACACUCUUUUUCUGUAUUUAAAUCUCUCUCUCUUUUUAAUCCCUCUCUCUUUUAAUUUCUGUUUGUCUUUUUAUCUUUUCUGUUUGUCUAUCAGUCUUUAUUUUUUUUAUCUUCCUUUCUUUUUCUUUUUUUGUUCCUUUUUUAUUUCUAAUUUUAUCUUUCACUUUCUUUCUGCUUCUUAUUUUUUGAAUUUUUCAUUGUUGGUAAUUUUUGCCUGUGUUUAAAGUUUUUUUUUUUUUUAGUUUUUUUUUUUUUUUUUUAACAUCAACCAGAAUAUUAAUAAGAAUAUUGUCAUUCUUUAUUUCUCUCCCUCUCUUAUCUUUCCUUCUAUCUGUCUUUCUUUUUCUUUAUGUAACUACUCUCCUACUUUCCCCCUCUCUUUCUGCAGGCUUUUUCUCCAGGCUUUUCUUGUUUUUCAUUGGGUGUUUUAUAACCUCACCCAUUUCCCUUGUGUGUGUGUGUGUGUGUGUGUGUGUGUUCGUGGUUGGACUCUUAACCAGUUUGAGCUGCUCAGCUGUUUUUAACGUGCUGCUACAGAGAUCUGAGAGUCACCACCUACAGCCAAUCAGAGUAAGAGAGAGAGAGAUUGUGUGUGUGUGUAAGAGAGAGAGAGAGAGAGAGAAAGUGAGAUAGACUCAGUCUGCUCUGCUUCAGCCUGGAGAAGGAGUUUUGAAACUGGUGUAUGGUAAUGGAGCAGAGAGAGGAGGUCGUUCUGUAGCCUUGAGUCACCUGGAAGAGCAAAAGUGUGUGAGUGUGUGUGUGAGUGUGUGUGAGUGUGUGAGUGUGUGUGAGUGUGUGUGUGUGUGUGUGAGUGUGUGUGAGUGUGUGUGAGUGUGUGUGUGUGUGUGUGAGUGUGUUAGGGAGAACGGGAACAAGUGAAGGACUAACAGAAGGAAGGAGAAGAGACUGAAAGAUCUUUGGCUGUGUUUUUUUAGGAUUUUUCUUCUUCUUGGUUUUACGGCUCCGAAGUGAAAACACACACACACACACACACACACACACACACACACACACACACACACACAGAUUUGGAACACAGCCAGAGGAAGGGAGAGACCUCGGUAUGGCAGACCCUGUGAUGGAGGAGUCUGAUUCCUUACCUGGGAAAGAAGAGCUGGACUGGGGCUACGAGGAAGGUGUGGAGUGGGGUCUGUUGUUCCCGGAAGCGAACGGAGAGAAUCAGUCUCCCAUAAACCUGAACUCAAGAGAGGCUCGUUACGACCCCAGACUGCUGGAAGUCGGUUUAACGCCCAACUAUGUGGUGUGUCGAGACUGUGAGGUCAUCAACGAUGGACACACCGUCAGGAUCAUGCUCAAGUCCAAAUCAGUGGUGACCGGAGGCCCUCUGCCCAGUGACCACGAGUUCGAGCUGCAUGAAGUUCGCUUCCACUGGGGCAAAGAGAACCAGAGAGGCUCCGAACACACUGUUAACUUCAAGGCCUUUCCUAUGGAGCUGCAUCUGAUCCACUGGAACAGCACGUUGUUCAACACCAUGGACGACGCCAUGGGCAAGAAAAAUGGCAUCCUCAUCAUCGCUCUCUUCGUUCAGAUCGGUAAGGAGCAUCUGGGACUGAAGGCUGUUACAGAGGUGUUACAGGACCUGCAGUAUAAAGGAAAGACAAAAAUAAUUCCUUGUUUUAAUCCUAACACUUUAUUACCUGAUCCGUUAUUAAGAGAUUACUGGGUUUAUGAAGGCUCUUUAACAACACCGCCCUGUAGCGAAAAAGUCACCUGGAUCCUUUACCGCUACCCGCUAACCAUCUCUCAAAUGCAGAUCGAGGAAUUCCGGAGACUCCGGUCUCACAUUAAAGGGGCGGAGCUUCUUGAAGGGAACGACGGGUUGUUGGGAGAUAAUUUUCGGCCCACGCAGCCUCUGAGUGAUCGCAUGGUCAGAGCGGCGUUUCAGUAAAGCACCGCUGCAGCGAUCCAUCACUGUUACACAGAGGGUUUCAAAGCCGAGCCGGAUGAAGGAAACCGAACCCUCUCGUUAAAUCCCGCUUCAUGUGAACAUGCAUUAACAUAGUUCAAGUCCGACGCUAAAAGCUUACACAACACGCUAACUUCACCUGUGUGUUACAACAUGCCAGAUUACACAUGAAGAGAAAUUCCCAGUCAAACACCAAGACUUUAUCAUCACUAACUUGUAGGAACGUGUUUAAGGCAGGUUCCAAUGAUCAGACCAGGUUCAGCAUAGCCUAAAGUUUUUGGUUUGUCUGGAAAUUCUAAAAUGCUAACAUCGCUAACAUUUUACUUGCUGUAUUAGCGGAAAAAAUACUAUAAAAAAUAAUAUAAACUGACUAGCUAGAUAGCUUGCAACAUUAAGUAGAAAAAAAAAAUUGUAGUUAGCGUCGUAUUUUUUUGCUUGUAGAGCUACAGCUACACAGCUGGACAGGCCACGUUUGUAACUUGCUAGCUAGCAUUACAUAGCAUUCAUGGGUUAUGUUAGCUGUAUUACAAGAGUUAGUAUAUAAUACAUGCUAACAUGUAAUACACAAAUAGUAAAAAAAAAAAAAAAAUGUAAAAGCUCUGAAUGUAAUGCUCUGACGGGACGUGCGCUGCAUCGUCAGCUUUCCGUAUUGUUUUUAUCUCGUGUCGUGUGAGUUACGGUGCGUAUUGCAAACGCACGUACUGUAACAUUUAGUUUACGUUUAGGACACAUUAGUUACGGAAGUGAAGAACAAAAAGUAAUGCUUUAAUGUCAUUAUUUACUACAGAGGCAAUGUGCUGGUGUUUAACAUUAUGAAUAAAACGAUUUUUAACUUAAACUGGGUAAGAGUGAGUAUUUUUAUUUCUGCGCCGUUAUGAAAGUAAAGUAAAGAUUAUAAUUCUGUCUCAGUUUGGGAAUAAUGUGAAAUUAGACAUCAACAUCUGGCUCUCACUCUUUCAUUUAUUUUUUGGAUUGUGAAGUGUCAACUUUAUAAAAAUUAGUCAUUUUUUAUGUAUGUUAUG